GUUGUGAGAAAAGGGAUGGAUGUUAAACAGAGAGACUUCUUCGGCAGAACUGCGCUGAUGCUCGCAGCCGACUGUGGCAGUCUUGAAGCUGCUUACACUCUCAUACAGCAUGACGCUGAGGUUGAUUUGCGGACUCAUGACGGAGCUACAGCACUCCACAUUGCAGUUUUU